AUGACCAAUGAGAAAAAAGCAUCCUGGCGAUGCCCCGCGUGCCGAGUGGCCCCGCAAUCGCCCCAAAUUUCUCAGGAGGCCUCUUUAGCUGACUUGUUUGCCGAAGUAAAAAUUUCGAGAGCUUCAAUUGAGGCCAAAAUAGAUAAUGUUCAGCUGCAAGUCACUGAUUUGAACAACAAGUGGAGCAGCUUGGAGUCGCGCCUGGCUAGUAUGGAGGAGAGAAUUUCGAAUACAGAGGAUAAAAUAGAGACCCUUUCGACUUUGCCGCCGCAAAUUAAAGAGUUACAGGAACACGUUACAUGCCUCAAAAAGGAAAAUAAUGAUCGUGAUCAGUUUGGAAGGCUAAAUAACGUGGAGAUCACCGGUGUUCCGUUACGUUCAGGGGAAAAUCUGCGUACCAUAUUUCACAAUAUAUGUACCAAGGUCGGCUUUGCCCUUGACCAAUCGGACAUCGAUUGUAUUCAUCGGAUUAGAGUUUUCUCUACGGAAGCAAAGCAGCAAAAUCUUCGUCCACCCUCGAUUAUCGUCCGCUUUACCCGGCGGGCGCGCAGGGACGAGUUGCUGGCGGCGGCCCGCGCCCGCCGUGGCAUCACCACGGCUGACGCCGGCUUGGACGGUCCAUCGAUCAACGUUUACUUGAACGAGCACCUGACGCCCGCUAAUAAGUUGUUGUUAAAGCGUGCACGCGAAGUAAAAUCUGAGCUGAACUAUGCUUAUGUGUGGGUGAAAGAAUGCAAGAUUUUUUUGCGUAAAAAUGACACUUCGAGGGUUAUACGUAUCGUCUCCGAAUCCGACCUGUUAAAACUUAAAUGA